AUGCCCUUAGCAGCCCUCAUUCGCCGUGGGACCUCGUUCUUCAAUAGUGGGAAAUUUGCCGGCCCUACAACGAAGGAUACUUUGUUUCCUGUCGUUUCAAAGGAGGUUGACGGUGAGGAUUGCGAUCAUGAUUGCGAUCAUUGUCCUGGUUAUGGAAGGGCAUUCGAUAAGAUUGGGAUUGAGACCGAAGGCGAGCUGUGGGGUGGGAUUAAGGGAUUCGCCAACCACGUCAUCGUAGCUACCGGCGAAACGGACUGGAUUAGGGAUGUGGAGGAUAUCAAGGGGUCCGUUAUGCGGGAGCUCAAGAAGAAUAGCGAGAUGUUGGAGCAGGGUAGGUUGAUGAUUUCAGCUUCCAAUUUGCAUCCUCCCCUGGAGUACUAUUCCGCCGCUGAGAAGGGGAAACCACAACCUACCAAUGUUAUUAUUCUUCCUUCAUUCACUGUUAUUGAAAAUGUCACCCCGAACGAGACUCCGGAGCUCAUUCGACGAUUCAUCAAUACUGGUCCGACAACUUCCACUCCUCUAGACCCUCCUGCAUUGACACCCCCCUCCUCGACUCUAAAAUCUCACCCCUUCCCACACUCCUACCUAAUUCUCAUCUGCUCGCACCGUCGCCGCGACGCACGCUGCGGCAUUUCUGCCCCCAUCCUGCGCAAAGAAUUCGAAAAGCAUCUGCGCCCGCUCAACCUUUGGCGCGACCUCACCGACACCCGCGACGGCGGAGCCAAGGUGCUCUUCAUCAACCACGUCGGCGGGCACAAGUACUCUGCCAACGUCAUCAUUUACAGGAAGGAGGACGGGCAAGGGAUUUGGCUGGCGAGGGUCGCACCGAAGCAUAUUGAAGGGAUCGUCAGGUUUACCAUUUUGCAGGGAAAGGUCGUCCAUCCGGAUAUGAUUCGCGGGGGGUUUAAUAGGAGGGCCGGUGGAAUUAGCUGGUAGUUAAUUGUGGCAAUAGUUUUCAGGAAAUGUUUUCUUUUCUUUGUUGAUGUGAGGAGGGGUGGGGGAAAUUUUAAAGAUUUUUCUUUUUCUUUGUACCUUGGUGUGCUUUUGAUAGAGUCAUGGGAUACACCGUUGCCUCCUUACUCACAUACAUGUAUACUUGAGUGCACUGAUAUAUACACUGAUAAUUUUAGUAAAUGCUUCUCCCGGGGAUGCAGCUCUUCUAUUGCAUCCUAUUUAUCUAUUUUG